UCUCCACACUUAUAACCUACUUUCAAGAAUCAAUUUUCCAUGACCUUCCUACAAUUUUCCUUUUCUGACUUCAAAACUUCAUAUAAGAAGCUCUUAACCAUAUUAUUCAAUCACUCAAAUCUCUCUAAACAAAAUGGCCACAUUACUUAACCCCAUCUUCUUCGCUUGCAUGUACACAAGUUUCAUAUUUAGCCUUUCAAACCUAAACUCCCGUUCGAUCUUUGUCAAUGGAAAAACUCUAACAUCCGAUAUUCAAGCUCUACAAGCGAUCAAGAUGUCAAUAGAUCCAAUUUCAAUCUCCUCAGAAUCAUUCAUCAGUAGUUGGGAUUUUGCCUUAGACCCUUGUGAGACGACAGGGACAAGUUUCUUAGGCAUUCUUUGCACAGUCCCUCUUGACAAUAACUCAACAAGCCGGAUAAUGGAAAUCGAUUUAGAAGGAGAUGAACUAGAGGGGUUCUUAACACCAGCAAUAGGAAACUUAACAGAACUUGUUGCUCUAAAUCUUGGUAGAAACAAAUUCAGAGGACCGGUGCCAGAGACUAUUACUAAUCUAAGAAAACUCACAAGUCUUCAACUUUACGAGAACUUUUUCUCAGGUAGUCUUGUUAAUGGCAUUGGUUUUCUAAGGAAACUUGAAGUUCUUGAUUUGUCAAAUAAUAGACUAUCUGGUUCAAUACCUUCAUCUAUUACUUCACUUAGAAGUUUAACUCAGUUAGAUUUAUCUAACAAUGAACUGACCGGUAAAAUCCCUCAACUUAAUGGCUUAUGGCAGUUGAAUUCAUUUGAUCUUUCAAAUAACCAAAUAUAUGGGAAUUUUCCAGAGUUUCCAUUGAAGAUCAAAACAUUAUCACUUGGUCAUAACUUACUCUCUGGCCACAUUUCACCUGUGAAUAAACUUCAUCGUCUCAGGAUUUUAGACCUAAGUGAUAACAGGUUUUCAGGAGCAAUAAACAAGGGGGUGUUUAUGUUGCCUGAUAUUAGUCACGUGAACGUUUCAGUGAACCGGUUUACUGUGUUAGAAGUGGUGGAAUUCACUGAUAAAGCAACACAGCUUCAUACAUUGGAUGUCCAUGCUAAUCGUCUACGUGGUCAUUUGCCUGUAAACUUGAUAACUUACCCAAACUUAACUGAGAUAAACCUCGGACAUAACCUGUUUUCGGGUCAGAUUCCAUUGGAAUAUUGGCCGAGGUUGGGUUUUGCAUGGAGAAGUCUUGAUUUGGAAUAUAACUAUCUAGAGGGAACUGUACCCCGAGAGCUCAACAGAACGUUAGAAGGCGUUCGCGGAAGUUUUGCACGUAACUGUCUUACUUGUCCUAAGGGUUUACAGCUUUGUCAGGGAGGACAGAGGCCAGCUUCUGAAUGUGUUGGAAAGAAAGGUGGAGGAGACCAUAGUUGAAAUAUAUAAUAUACCUUUUGAAUGUCUUGAAAUUUACUACUACUGCAUUAUAUUAUAUGGAAUAUCUAAUGUUUGUUUUCAAGGUUAAAAUGUUUUCCUGUUUUCUUAUAUAGUUUUGAGUUGCAGCCUGUUAUUUCAAUAGAAUAUAUAAUAGCAUGGGAAUGAAGCAGAUAUCUUCCUUUUUUGUUUAAUCAAGAAACCAUUUUCGUUUCAUCUUUUCUUGAGUUGAGGGUCUAUAGGAAAUUGCCUCUCUACCUUAUUAAGGUAGGGGUAAUAUCUGCGUACACUCUACUCUCCCCCGACCCUACUUGUGGGAUAACACUGGGAUUGUCGUUGUUGUUGUCUCUUGUGACAACCCGCAACAACUAAUUGUAGACAAUCUAGUGUACACUGAUAAAUACCAUGUCCCCAGGUAUUUAUCAAUUGACAAAGGUUAAGGGACUUCUGUUUUAGGUCACAAGUUCGAGCCUUGCACCAAGCGAACUAACUCUGCUACUUAAGUGGAGAAGGGUAGAGGGGCGAGCCAUCAUCCCCCAGUUUCGAAGGCUGACGGAUUUCUCGGUCAUCAAAACACAUUCUUUGCAUUUCCUUUAGGAUCACUGUGCCAAGAAAUCUCCAUUUUUUGUUAACUAGGAGAGGCACAGGUCAUGUGUAUGUAGUUUCUAUUACA